GUUGACGAAAUCCAAACUGCGAGAGUGCUUCUCGAUGGAUUUCCUCGGACGCGAGUCCAGGCAGAGGCUCUCGAGAAGCGCAAGAAGGUGGACCUUGUUCUCAACCUUGCAGUGCCAACAGAAGAGAUAGUCAAGCGCAUCACGAGCCGUUGGAUCCAUCCAUCGUCUGGACGCACAUAUGCGUACGACUACAAUCCCCCGAAGGUGCCAGGCAAGGAUGAUGUUACCGGUGAGCCGCUCGUCCAAAGAGACGACGACAAGCCGGAGGCCGUUCGAGCCAGAUUACAGGAUUAUGAUCGCGAAACCCGUCCCUUGCUGGAGUACUAUGGGGAGAGGGUGUCCGAAUUUGACGGAUCAGACGAGCCAGAGCUCUUGGCACAGGACAAGCGAUCAGAUGCCAUCUACCUGUGUCUCGGCACAAACUGGACUCUUCGCUGA